CAAACACUAGUCUUGAAUUCAAAGGCUGCCCUUAGAUAUCUCACCCAAACAGCUCAAACCCUUUAAAACAAAAAAAACUAAUUUCCCUGCCUGCAUUGUCAUGCAGCUCUUGCAGACCCUUCUCAAUUCCACCAACCCUUCAAUUUGGUUUUUUCCUAAUUAACUUCUUCUUCUUCUUCUUCUUCUUCAUCAUCAUCAUCUCAUAAUUAAACCCCCACCGUUUAAUCACAUUUUUCUUCCCCUUUGGCCUUUUUGCAUUUUCAUUUGAUCACAACAUUAUAUCUCAAUUGCCAAAAAAAAAAAAUCACAAAGCCUAAAGCCAAAACCAAAAACAUAGAUUAAUUAGCGCUUCAUGCAAUCAAGGGUACUCCUUAUUGGUCAUCAUAUUCAUCAUCAUCUAAUAAAGAGUUUUCCUGGCACAGUUUCUAGGUUGUUGGGUUGCUAAUGGGCGUGCGCGAGGCCAGGCUUCUCCGCGCACCAAAUCCUAAUAUUUUCUUCUUCAUCAUCCUCUUAUCAUGUUAUUUCUUCAUGUCUUCAUCAUUUGCUGGAUCAGACUCUGACGCCCUCUUGAGUUUCAAGGACUCCUUGUCCAACACCAGAGCUCUUAGCAGUUGGAGUCCCUCCACAAACCCAUGCAAGGGAAAUAGAGGAAACUGGAUUGGAGUGCUUUGUUUUAAUGGCACCGUUAGGGGCUUGCAACUCGAAAACAUGGGAUUAAAGGGUACGGUGGAUCUGAAUUAUCUGGUCUCCAUGGAAAACUUGAAGACCAUAAGCUUCAUGAACAACACAUUUACUGGUGCAAUGCCCGAUAUCAAGAAACUUAUAUGGUUAAGAUCGGUCUAUUUGUCGUACAACCAUUUUUCAGGAGAGAUACCGGAGGAAGCGUUUUUGGGUAUGAGAUUUCUAAAGAAAGUGUUGCUCACAAACAAUGAGUUUAGUGGCAAAAUCCCUCUGUCUCUCACCGCAUUGCCUCGCCUUACCGAAUUGAGGCUGGAUGGCAACAAGUUUGAAGGCCAAAUCCCGGAUUUUCAUCAGCCCAGUUUGAAGAGCCUGAAUGUCUCCAAUAACGAAUUGAAUGGUCCAAUACCACCAAGCCUUAGCAAGAUGGAUUCAACUUCUUUUUUGGGAAAUGAAAAUCUGUGUGGAGAGCCGUUGGGAUCAUGCAAGCCCCCAAAAGUGUCCCCUAGCAUUCCUCCUUCCAUUCCCCCUGUAAAAGUCUCAGGAAAGAAAUCGGUUCGAAAUAUCGUCCUAAUUGUGGUGAUUCUUGUGUUGGUAGCAGUGGCAUUUGCUGCGGCUUUCAUCAUAUCCCACUUGAGGAGGCAGCAGGGUUUGCUACAUGAGAAUAAAACUCCAACAUUAUUAAUGAAUGAUCAUAACAAGUAUGCAGCAUCCUACGGGAGCCCAAUGCAAAUCAAGUCACCGGAAACCCAUGCACAUCCAAGGAGGUCAGAACAGGGGAAGCUGUUCUUUUUGUGGGAGGAUAGAGCAACCUUUGAUUUGCAUGACCUGCUUAGAGCAACCGCCGAGAUCCUAGGUAGCGGAACAUUUGGGGCUUCAUACAAGGCUACCAUAUUGAGUGAUAAUGUGGUCGUCAAGCGGUAUAAGCAGAUGAACAAUGUAGGUAGAGAGGAUUUCCAUGAGCACAUGAGAAGGCUAGGAAGUUUGACACACCCCAACUUGCUUCCUCUUGUGGCUUAUUAUUACAAAAGGGAAGAGAAGCUUUUGGUUUCUGACUUUGUUGAGAAUGGGAGCUUGGCUUUUCAUCUUCAUGGCAAUCACAACAUAGAUGAUCCUGUGUUAGACUGGCCAACUCGGUUGAGAAUCAUCAAAGGCGUUGGCAAGGGCUUGUCUUCCUUGUACAGCACCCUACCCAGCCUGGUUGCAGCUCAUGGUCAUCUGAAAUCUUCAAAUGUGCUCCUGAACGAAUCCAUGGAGCCCCUGCUUAACGAUUAUGGUUUGAUCCCGGUCAUCAACCAAGACCACGCACAGCACCUCAUGAUGGCUUACAAGUCACCGGAAUUCGCUAAAUAUGGCCGGAUAACCAAGAAAACUGAUGUGUGGAGCUAUGGAAUUCUGAUAUUGGAGAUGUUGACAGGCAGGUUCCCAGAGAACUAUCUCACCCAAAGGCAUGACCCAGAUGCUGAUUUGGUGAAUUGGGUCAAUGAAAUGAUCAAGCAAAAAAGAACCAGCGAAGUGUUUGAUUCGGAAAUGGAGGGAACCAGGGACAGUAAAGGGGAGUUGGUAAAGCUCUUGAAGAUAGGAAUGAGUUGUUGUGAGGAGGAUGUGGAAACAAGAUUGGAUUUGAAUCAGGCAAUUGAGAUGAUUGAGGAAGUGGAUGAAGGUGAGAGUGAUUGAGAAACUUUUUUGGUCAAUCAUAAAACUACAUUGUUUGGGAAGGGGUUUGGAGGAUUUCAAGAAGAUAUAUAUGUUUUUUUGGCGAUAUAUGAAUUCUUUUUGUGAGUGCCUAUGGCUGGUUUGGCCUUUGAUAGCAGCUUACAUGAAGAGUUUGCAGUGGUAUAUAUAUACACACAUAUAUACCAUGCUUGUAGCUUCCUAAACAUGCAUAAAAACAAUGAAAAAAGAAAUUCAAUGGUUUUGUUUGUUUGUUUGUUUUUUUUUUUUUUUUGUUUUUUUUUCCUUGCAUUUUCUCUUUUUUUCUUUAUUUUUAAGGUCAGGAAGUAAAUUGUGUUGGAAAUGUAGAAGUUGGGAGACACUGACGCAUGCAUAUAUGUGUCAUGUUGUUGUAUAUUAAGGCGCUUUUGUUUAUAGAACAAAUUUUAGAAUUUUUUUUUUUUUUUUCACUUU